AUGGCGGCGGUACCCUCACUCAACUCAUGGGGGUCGUGGCAGCAGUACCCUCACUCACCUCGUGGGUGUCGUGGCGGCGAUACCCUCACUCACCUCGUGGGGGUCGUGGCGGCGGCGGUACCCUCACUCACCUCGUGGGGGUCGUGGCAGCGGUACCCUCACUCACCUCGUGGGGGUCGUGGCAGCGGCACCCUCACUCACCUCGUGGGGGUCGUGGCAGCGGUACCCUCACUCACCUCGUGGGGGUCGUGGCAGCGGUACCCUCACUCACCUCGUGGGGGUCGUGGCAGCGGUACCCUCACUCACCUCGUGGGGGUCGUGGCAGCGGUACCCUCACUCACCUCGUGGGGGUCGUGGCAGCGGCACCCUCACUCACCUCGUGGGGGUCGUGGCAGCGGUACCCUCACUCACCUCGUGGGGGUUGUGGCAGCGGUACCCUCACUCACCUCGUGGGGGUCGUGGCAGCGGUACCCUCACUCACCUCGUGGGGGUCGUGGCAGCGGUACCCUCACUCACCUCGUGGGGGUCGUGGCAGCGGUACCCUCACUCACCUCGUGGGGGUCGUGGCGGCGGUACCCUCACUCACUUCGUGGGGGUCGUGGCAGGGGUACCCUCACUCACCUCGUGGGGGUCGUGGGAGCGGUACCCUCACUCACCUCGUGGGGGUCGUGGCAGCGGUACCCUCACUCACCUCGUGGGGGUCGUGGCAGCGGUACCAUCACUCACCUCGUGGGGGUCGUGGCAGCGGUUCCCUCACUCACCUCGUGGAGGUCGUGGCAGCGGUACCCUCACUCACCUCGUGGGGGUCGUGGCAGCAGUACCCUCACUCACCUCGUGGGGGUCGUGGCAGCGGUACCCUCACUCACCUCGUGGGUGUCGUGGCGGCGGUACCCUCACUCACCUCGUGGGGGUCGUGGCGGCGGCGGUACCCUCACUCACCUCGUGGGGGUCGUGGCGGCGGUACCCUCACUCACCUCGUGGGGGUCGUGGCAGAGGUACCCUCACUCACCUCGUGGGGGUCGUGGCAGCGGUACCCUCACUCACCUCGUGGAGGUCGUGGCAGCAGUACCCUCACUCACCUCGUGGGGGUCGUGGCGGCGGCGGUACCCUCACUCACCUCGUGGGUGUCGUGGCGGUGGUACCCUCACUCACCUCGUGGGGGUCGUGGCGGCGGCGGUACCCUCACUCGCCUCGUGGGGGUCGUGGCAGCGGUACCCUCACUCACCUUGUGGGGGUCGUGGCAGCGGCACCCUCACUCACCUCGUGGGGGUCGUGGCAGCGGUACCCUCACUCACCUCGUGGGUGUCGUGGCGGCGGUACCCUCACUCACCUCGUGGGGGUCGUGGCGGCGGCGGUACCCUCACUCACCUCGUGGGGGUCGUGGCAGCGGUACCCUCACUCACCUCGUGGGGGUCGUGGCAGCGGCACCAUCACUCACCUCGUGGGGGUCGUGGCAGCGGUACCCUCACUCACCUCGUGGGGGUCGUGGCAGCGGUACCCUCACUCACCUCGUGGGGGUCGUGGCAGCGGUACCCUCACUCACCUCGUGGGGGUCGUGGCAGCGGUACCCUCACUCACCUCGUGGGGGUCGUGGCAGCGGUACCCUCAUUCACUUCGUGGGGGUCGUGGCAGCGGUACUCUCACUCACCUCGUGGGGGUCGUGGGAGCGGUACCCUCACUCACCUCGUGGGGGUCGUGGCGGCGGUACCCUCACUCACCUCGUGGGGGUCGUGGCAGCGGUACCCUCACUCACCUCGUGGGGGUCGUGGCGGCGGUAGCCUCACUCACUUCGUGGGGGUCGUGGCAGCGGCACCCACCCUCACUCACCUCGUGGGGGUCGUGGCAGCGGUACCCUCCCUCACCUCGUGGGGGUCGUGGCAGCGCGGCAACUUCACUCACCUCGUGGGGGUCGUGGCAGCGAUACCCUCACUCACCUCGUGGGGGUUGUGGCAGCGGUACCCUCACCCACCUCGUGGGGGUCGUGGCAGCGGUACCCUCACUCACCUCGUGGGGGUCGUGGCAGCGGUACCCUCAGUCACCUCGUGGGGGUCGUGGCAGCGAUACCCUCACUCACCUCGUGGGGGUCGUGGCAGCGGUACCCUCACUCACCUCGUGGGGGUCGUGGCAGCGGUACCCUCACUCACCUCGUGGGGGUCGUGGCAGCGGUACCCUCACUCACCUCGUGGGGGUCGUGGCGGCAGUAGCCUCACUCACCUCGUGGGGGUCGUGGCAGCGGUACCCUCACUCACCUCGUGGGGGUCGUGGCGGCGGUACCCUCACUCACCUCGUGGGGGUCGUGGCAGCGGUACCCUCACUCACCUCGUGGGGGUCGUGGCAGCGGUACUCUCACUCACCUCGUGGGGGUCGUGGCAGCGGCACCCUCACUCACCUCGUGGGGGUCGUGGUGGCGGCGGUACCGUCACUCACCUCGUGGGGGUCGUGGUAGCGGUACCCUCACUCACCUCGUGGGGGUCGUGGCAGCGGUACCCUCACUCACCUCGUGGGGGUCGUGGCAGCGGUACCCUCACUCACCUCGUGGGGGUCGUGGCAGCGACACCCACCCUCACUCACCUCGUGGGGGUCGUGGCAGCGAUACCCUCACUCACCUCGUGGGGGUCGUGGCAGCGGUACCCUCACUCACCUCGUGGGGGUCGUGGGGGCGGUAGCCUCACUCACCUCGUGGGGGUCGUGGUGGCAUCGGUACUGUCACUCACCUCGUGGGGGUCGUGGUGGCAUCGGUACCGUCACUCACCUCGUGGGGGUCAUGGCAGCGGUACCCUCACUCACCUCGUGGGGGUCGUGGCAGCGGUACCCUCACUCACCUCGUGGGGGUCGUGGCAGCGGUACCCUCACUCACCUCGUGGGGGUCGUAGGGGCGGUAGCCUCACUCACCUCGUGGGGGUCGUGGCAGCGGCAACUUCACUCACCUCGUGGGGGUCGUGGCUGCGAUACCCUCACUCACCUCGUGGGGGUUGUGGCGGCGGUACCCUCACUAACCUCGUGGGGGUCGUGGCAGCGGUACCCUCACUCACCUCAUGGGGGUCGUGGCAGCGGCACCCUCACUCACCUCGUGGGGGUCGUGGUGGCGGCGGUACCGUCACUCACCUCGUGGGGGUCGUGGUAGCGGUACCCUCACUCACCUCGUGGGGGUCGUGGCAGCGGUACCCUCACUCACCUCGUGGGGGUCGUGGCAGCGGUACCCUCACUCACCUCGUGGGGGUCGUGGCGGCGGUACCCUCACUCACCUCGAGGGGGUCGUGGCAGCGGUACCCUCACUCACCUCGUGGGGGUCGUGGCAGCGGUACCCUCACUCACCUCGUGGGGGUUGUGGCGGCGGUACCCUCACUCACCUCGUGGGGGUCGUGGCAGCGGUACGCUCACUCACCUCGUGGGGGUCGUGGCAGCGGCACCCUCACUCACCUCGUGGGGGUCGUGGUGGCGGCGGUACCGUCACUCACCUCGUGGGGGUCGUGGCAGCGGCACCCUCACUCACCUCGUGGGGGUCGUGGCAGCGGUACCCUCACUCAACUCGUGGGGGUCGUGGCAGCGGCACCCUCACUCACCUCGUGGGGGUCGUGGCUGCGGUACCCUCACUCACCUCGUGGGGGUCGUGGCAGCGGUACCCUCACUCACCUCGUGGGGGUCGUGGCAGCGGUACCCUCACUCACCUCGUGGGGGUCGUGGCGGCGGUACCCUCACUCACCUCGUGGGGGUCGUGGCAGCGGUACCCUCACUCACCUCGUGGGGGCCGUGGUGGCGACGGUACCCUCACUCACCUCAUGGGGGUCGUGGCAGCAGUACCCUCACUCACCUCGUGGGGGUCGUGGCAGCGGCACCCACCCUCACUCACCUCGUGGGGGUCGUGGCAGCGAUACCCUCACUCACCUCGUCGGGGUCGUGGCAGCCGUACCCUCACUCACCUCGUGGGGGUCGUGGCGGCGCGAUACCCUCACUCACAUCGUGGGGGUCGUGGCAGCGGUACCCUCACUCACCGCGUGGGGGUCGUGGCAGCGGUACCCUCACUCACCUCGUGGGGCUCGUGCCAGCGGCACCCUCACUCACCUCGUGGGGGUCGUGGCAGCGGUACCCUCACUCACCUCGUGGGGGUCGUGGCAGCGGUACCCUCACUCACCUCGUGGGGGUCGUGGCAGCGGUACCCUCACUCACCUAGUGGGGGUCGUGGGGGCGGUAGCCUCACUCACCUCGUGGGGGUCGUGGCAGCGGCAACUUCACUCACCUCGUGGGGGUCGUGGCAGCGAUACCCUCACUCACCUCGUGGGGGUCGUGGCAGCGGUACCCUCACUCGGCUCGUGGGGGUCGUGGCAGCGAUACCCUCACUCACCUCGUGAAAUCGUGGCGGCGGCGGUACCCUCACUCACCUCGUGGGGGUCGUGGCAGCGGUACCCUCACUCACCUCGUGGGGGUCGUGGCAGCGGUACCCUCACUCACCUCGUGGGGCUCGUGGCAGCGGUACCCUCACUCACCUCGUUGGGGUCGUGGCAGCGGUACCCUCACUCACCUCGUGUGUCUCGUGGCGGCGGCGGUACCCUCACUCACCUCGUGGGGGUCGUGGCAGCGGCACCUUCACUCACCUCAUGGGGGUCGUGGCAGCGGUACCCUCACUCACCUCGUGGGGGUCGUGGGGGCGGUAGCCUCACUCACCUCGUGGGGGUCGUGGCAGCGGCAACUUCACUCACCUUGUGGGGGUCGUGGCAGCGAUACCCUCACUCACCUCGUGGGGGUUGUGGCUGCGGUACCCUCACUCACCUCGUGGGGGUCGUGGUGGCGGCGGUACCGUCACUCACCUCGUGGGGGUCGUGGCAUCGGCACCCUCACUCACCUCGUGGGGGUCGUGGCAGCGGUACCCUCACUCACCUCGUGGGGGUCGUGGCAGCGGUACCCUCACUCAACUCGUGGGGGUCGUGGCGGCGGUACCCUCACUCACCUCAUGGGGGUCGUGGCUGCGGCGGUACCCUCACUCACCUCGUUGGGGUCGUGGCAGCGGUACCCUCACUCACCUCGUGGGGGCCGUGGCGGCGGUACCCUUACUCACCUCGUGGGGGUCGUGGGGGCGGUAGCCUCACUCACCUCGUGGGGGUCGCGGGGGCGGUAGCCUCACUCACCUCGUGGGGGUCGUGGCAGCGGCAACUUCACUCUCCCCGUGGGGGUCGUGGCAGCGAUACCCUCACUCACCUCGUGGGGGUUGUGGCGGCGGUACCCUCACUCACCUCGUGGGGGUCGUGGUUGCGGCGGUACCAUCACUCACCUCGUGGGGGUCGUGGUAGCGGUACCCUCACUCACCUCGUGGGGGUCGUGGCAGCGAUACCCUCACUCACCUCGUGGGGCUCGUGGCAGCGGUACCCUCACUCACCUCGUGGGGGUCGUGGCAGCGGUACCCUCACUCACCUCGUGGGGGUCGUGGCGGCGGCGGUACCCUCACUCACCUCGUGGGGGUCGUGGCAGCGGUACCCUCACUCACCUCGUGGGGGUCGUGGCAGCGGUACCCUCACUCACCUCGUGGGGCUCGUGGCAGCGGUACCCUCACUCACCUCGUGGGGGUCGUGGCAGCGGUACCCUCACUCACCUCGUGGGGGUCGUGGCGGCGGCGGUACCCUCACUCACCUCGUGUGGCUCGUGGCAGCGGUACCCUCACUCACCUCGUGGGGGUCGUGGCGGCGGUACCCUCACUCACCUCGUGGGGGUCGUGGCAGCGGUACCCUCACUCACCUCGUGGGGGUCGUGGCAGCAGUACCCUCACUCACCUCGUGGGGGUCGUGGCAGCGGCACCCUCACUCACCUCGUGGGGGUCGUGGCAGCGGUACCCUCACUCACCUCGUGGGGGUCGUGGGGGCGGUAGCCUCACUCACCUCGUGGGGGUCGUGGCAGCGCAAACUUCACUCACCUCGUGGGGGUCGUGGCAGCGAUACCCUCACUCACCUCGUGGGGGUUGUGGCGGCGGUACCCUCACUCACCUCCUGGGGGUCGUGGUGGCGGUGGUACCGUCACUCACCUUGUGGGGGUCGUGGCGGCGGCACCCUCACUCACCUCGUGGGGGUCGUGGCAGCGGUACCCUCACUCACCUCGUGGGGGUCGUGGCAGCGGUACCCUCACUCACCUCGUGGGGGUCGUGGCGGCGGUACCCUCACUCACCUCGUGGGGGUCGUGGCGGCGGCGGUACCCUCACUCACCUCGUGGGGGUCGUGGCAGCGGUAUCCUCACUCACCUCGUGGGGGCCGUGGCAGCGGUACCCUUACUCACCUCGUGGGGGUCGUGAGGGCGGUAGCCUCACUCACCUCGUGGGGGUCGUGGGGGCGGUAUUCUCACUCACCUCGUGGGGGUCGUGGCAGCGGCAACUUCACUCACCUCGUGGGGGUCGUGGCAGCGAUACCCUCACUCACCUCGUGGGGGUUGUGGCGGCGGUACCCUCACUCACCUCGUGGGGGUCGUGGUGGCGGCGGUACCAUCACUCACUUCGUGGGGGUCGUGGUAGCGGUACCCUCACUCACCUCGUGGGGGUCGUGGCAGCGGUACCCUCACUCACCUCGUGGGGGUCGUGGCAGCGGUACCCUCACUCACCUCGUGGAAAUCGUGCCAGCGGUACCCUCACUCACCUCGUGGGGGUCGUGGCAGCGGUACCCUCACUCACCUUGUGGGGGCCGUGGCGGCGACGGUACCCUCACUCACCUCGUGGGGAUCGUGGCAGCGGUACCCUCACUCACCUCGUGGGGGUCGUGGCAGCGCGGCACCCUCACUCAUCUCGUCGGGGUCGUGGCGGCGGCGGUACCCUCACUCACCUCGUGGGGGUCGUGGCAGCGGUACCCUCACUCACCUCGUGGGGGUCGUGGCAGCGGUAACCUCACUCACCUCGCGGGGAUCAUGGCAGCGGUACCCUCACUCACCUCGUGUGGGUCGUGGCAGCGGUACCCUCACUCACCUCGUGGGGGCCGUGGCAGCGGUACCCUCACUCACCUCGUGGGGGUCGUGGCAGCGGUACCCUCACUCACCUCGUGGGGGUCGUGGCAGCGGUACCCUCACUCACCUCGUGGGGGUCGUGGCAGCGGUACCCUCACUCACCUCGUGGGGGUCGUGGCAGCGAUACCCUCACUCACCUCGUGGGGGUUGUGGCGGCGGUACCCUCACUCACCUCGUGGGGGUCGUGGCGGCGGCGGUACCCUCACUCACCUCGUGGGGGUCGUGGCAGCGGUACCCUCACUCACCUCGUGGGGGUCGUGGCAGCGGUACCCUCACUCACCUCGUGGGGGUCGUGGCAGCGGUACCCUCACUCACCUCGUGGGGGUCGUGGCAGCGGUACCCUCACUCACCUCGUGGGGGUCGUGGCAGCGGUACCCUCACUCACCUCGUGGGGGUCGUGGCAGCGGUACCCUCACUCACCUCGUGGGGAUCGUGGCAGCGGUACCCUCACUCACCUCGUGGGGGUCGUGGCAGCGGCACCCUCACUCAUCUCGUCGGGGUCGUGGCGGCGGCGGUACCCUCACUCACCUCGUGGGGGUCGUGGCAGCGGAACCCUCACUCACCUCGUGGGGGUCGUGGCAGCGGUACCCUCACUCACCUCGCGGGGAUCAUGGCAGCGGUACCCUCACUCACCUCGUGUGGGUCGUGGCAGCGGUACCCUCACUCACCUCGUGGGGGCCGUGGCAGCGGUACCCUCACUCACCUCGUGGGGGUCGUGGCAGCGGUACCCUAACUCACCUCGUGGGGGUCGUGGCAGCGGUACCCUCACUCACCUCGUGGGGGUCGUGGCGGCGGCGGUACCCUCACUCACCUCGUGGGGGUCGUGGCAGCGGUACCCUCACUCACCUCGUGGGGGUCGUGGCAGCGGUACCCUCACUCACCUCGUGGGGGUCGUGGCAGCGGUACCCUCACUCACCUCGUGGGGGUCGUGGCAACGGUACCCUCACUCACCUCGUGGGGGUCGUGGCAGCGGUACCCUCACUCACCUCGUUGGGGUCGUGGCAGCGGUACCCUCACUCAGCUCGUGGAGGUCGUGGCGGCGGUAGCCUCACUCACCUCGUGGGGGUCGUGGCAGCGGUACCCUCACUCACCUCGUGGGGGUCGUGGCAGCGGUACCCUCACUCACCUCGUGGGGGUCGUGGCGGCGGUAGCCUCACUCACCUCGUGGGGGUCGUGGCAGCGGUACCCUCACUCACCUCGUGGGGGUCGUGGCAGCGGUACCCUCACUCACCUCGUGGGGGUCGUGGCAGCGGUACCCUCACUCACCUCGUGGGGGUCGUGGCAGCGGUACCCUCACUCACCUCGUGGGGGUCGUUGCAGCGGUACCCUCACUCACCUCGUGGGGGUCGUGGCAGCGGUACCCUCACUCACCUCGUGGGGGUCGUGGCAGCGGUACCCUCACUCACCUCGUGCGGGUCGUGGCAGCGGUACCCUCACUCACCUCGUGGGGGUCGUGGCAGCGGUACCCUCACUCACCUCGUGGGGGUCGUGGCAGCGGUACCCUCACUCACCUCGUGGGGGUCGUGGCAGCGGUACCCUCACUCACCUCGUGGGGGUCGUGGCAGCGGUACCCUCACUCACCUCGUGGGGGUCGUGGCAGCGGUACCCUCACUCACCUCGUGGGGGUCGUGGCAGCGGUACCCUCACUCACCUCGUCGGGGUCGUGGCAGCGGUACCCUCACUCACCUCGUGGGGGUCGUGGCAGCGGUACCCUCACUCACCUCGUGGGGGUCGUGGCAGCGGUACCCUCACUCACCUCGUGCGGGUCGUGGCAGCGGUACCCUCACUCACCUCGUGGGGGUCGUGGCAGCGGUACCCUCACUCACCUCGUGGGGGUCGUGGCAGCGGUACCCUCACUCACCUCGUGGGGGUCGUGGCAGCGGUACCCUCACUCACCUCGUGGGGGUCGUGGCAGCGGUACCCUCACUCACCUCGUGGGGGUCGUGGCAGCGGUACCCUCACUCACCUCGUGGGGGUCGUGGCAGCGGUACCCUCACUCACCUCGUGGGGGUCGUGGCAGCGGUACCCUCACUCACCUCGUGGGGGUCGUGGCAGCGGUACCCUCACUCACCUCGUGGGGGUCGUGGCAGCGAUACCCUCACUCACCUCGUGGGUGUCGUGGCGGCGGUACCCUCACUCACCUCGUGGGGGUCGUGGCAGCGGUACCCUCACUCACCUCGUGGGUGUCGUGGCGGCGGUACCCUCACUCACCUCGUGGGGGCCCUGGCGGCGACGGUACCCUCACUCACCUCGUGGGGGUCGUGGCAGCGGUACCUUCACUCACCUCGUGGGGGUCGUGGCGGCGGUACCCUCACUCACCUCGUGGGGGUCGUGGCAGCGGUACCCUCACUCACCUCGUGGGGGUCGUGGCAGCGGUACCCUCACUCACCUCGUGGGGGUCGUGGCAGCGGUAUCCUCACUCACCGCAUGGGGGUCGUGGCAGCGGCACCCUCACUCACCUCGUGGGUGUCCGGUACCCUCACUCACCUCGUGGGUGUCGUGGCGGAGUACCCUCACUCACCUCGUGGGGGUCGUGGCAGCGAUACCCUCACUCACCUCGUGGGUGUCGUGGCAGCGGUACCCUCACUCACCUCGUGGGGGUCGUGGCAGCGGCACCCUCACUCACCUCGUGGAGGUCGUGGCAGCGGUACCCUCACUCACCUCGUGGGGGUCGUGGCAGCGGCACCCUCACUCACCUCGUGGGGGUCGUGGCAGCGGUACCCUCACUCACCUCGUGGGGGUCGUGGUAGCGGUACCCUCACUCACCUCGUGGGGGUCGUGGCAGCGGUACCCUCACUCACCUCGUGGGGGUCGUGGCAGCGAUACCCUCACUCACCUCGUGGGGGUUGUGGCAGCGGUACCCUCACUCACCUCCUGGAGAUCGUGGCAGCGGUACCCUCUGUCACCUUGUGGGGGUCGUGGCUGCGGUACCCUCACUCACCUCGUGGGGGUCUUGGCAGCGGUACCCUCACUCACCUUGUGGGGGUCGUGGCAGCGGCACCCACCCUCACUCACCUCGUGGGGGUCGUGGCAGCGAUACCCUCAGUCACCUCGUGGGGGUUGUGGCAGCGGUACCCUCACUCACCUCCUGGAGGUCGUGACAGCGGUACCCUCACUCACCUCGUGGGGGUCGUGGCAGCGGUACCCUCACUCACCUCGUGGGGGUCGUGGCAGCGGUACCCUCACUCACCUCGUGGGGGUCGUGGCAGCGGUACCCUCACUCACCUCGUGGGGGUCGUGGCAGCGGUACCCUCACUCACCUCGUGGGGGUCGUGGCAGCGCGCAAACUUCACUCACCUCGUGGGGGUCGUGGCAGCGAUACCCUCACUCACCUCGUGGGGGUUGUGGCGGCGGUACCCUCACUCACCUCGUGGGGGUCGUGGUGGCGGUGGUACUGUCACUCACCUUGUGGGGGUCGUGGCAGCGGCACCCUCACUCACCUCGUGGGGGUCGUGGCAGCGGUACCCUCACUCACCUCGUGGGGGUCGUGGCGGCGGUACCCUCACUCACCUCGUGGGGGUCGUGGCGGCGGCGGUACCCUCACUCACCUCGUGGGGGUCGUGGCAGCGGUAUCCUCACUCACCUCGUGGGGGCCGUGGCGGCGGUACCCUUACUCACCUCGUGGGGGUCGUGAGGGCGGUAGCCUCACUCACCUCGUGGGGGUCGUGGGGGCGGUAUUCUCACUCACCUCGUGGGGGUCGUGGCAGCGGCAACUUCACUCACCUCGUGGGGGUCGUGGCAGCGAUACCCUCACUCACCUCGUGGGGGUUGUGGCGGCGGUACCCUCACUCACCUCGUGGGGGUCGUGGUGGCGGCGGUACCAUCACUCACCUCGUGGGGGUCGUGGUAGCGGUACCCUCACUCACCUCGUGGGGGUCGUGGCAGCGGUACCCUCACUCACCUCGUGGAAAUCGUGCCAGCGGUACCCUCACUCACCUCGUGGGGGUCGUGGCAGCGGUACCCUCACUCACCUUGUGGGGGCCGUGGCGGCGACGGUACCCUCACUCACCUCGUGGGGAUCGUGGCAGCGGUACCCUCACUCACCUCGUGGGGGUCGUGGCAGCGGUACCCUCUUUCACCUCGUGGGGGUCGUGGCAGCGGUACCCUCACUCACCUCGUGGGGGUCGUGGCAGCGGUAACCUCACUCACCUCGUGGGGGCCGUGGCGGUGACAGUACCCUCACUCACCUCGUGGGGGUCGUGGCAGCGGCACCCUCACUCAUCUCGUCGGGGUCGUGGCGGCGGCGGUACCCUCACUCACCUCGUGGGGGUCGUGGCAGCGGUACCCUCACUCACGUCUUGGGGGUCGUGGCAGCGGUACCCUCACUCACCUCGCGGGGAUCAUGGCAGCGGUACCCUCACUCACCUCGUGUGGGUCGUGGCAGCGGUACCCUCACUCACCUCGUUGGGGCCGUGGCAGCGGUACCCUCACUCACCUCGUGGGGGUCGUGGCAGCGGUACCCUCACUCACCUCGUGGGGGUCGUGGCAGCGGUAGCCUCACUCACCUCGUGGGGGUCGUGGCAGCGAUACCCUCACUCACCUCAUGGGGAUUGUGGCGGCGGUACCCUCACACACCUCGUGGGGGUCGUGGCGGCGGCGGUACCCUCACUAACCUCGUGGGGGUCGUGGCAGCGGUACCCUCACUCACCUCGUUGGGGCCGUGGCAGCGGUACCCUCACUCACCUCGUGGGGGUCGUGGCAGCGGUACCCUCACUCACCUCGUGGGGAUCGUGGCAGCGGUACCCUCACUCACCUCGUGGGGGUCGUGGCAGCGGUACCCUCACUCACCUCGUGGGGGUCGUGGCAGCGGUACCCUCACUCACCUCGUGGGGGUCGUGGCAGCGGUACCCUCACUCACCUCGUGGGGGUCGUGGCAGCGGUACCCUCACUCACCUCGUGGGGGUCGUGGCAGCGGUACCCUCACUCACCUCGUGGGGGUCAUGGCAGCGGUACCCUCACUCACCUCGCGGGGAUCAUGGCAGCGGUACCCUCACUCACCUCGUGUGGGUCGUGGCAGCGGUACCCUCACUCACCUCGUGGGGGCCGUGGCAGCGGUACCCUCACUCACCUCGUUGGGGUCGUGGCAACGGUACCCUCACUCACCUCGUGGGGGUCGUGGCAGCGGUACCCUCACUCACCUCGUGGGGGUCGUGGCAGCGGUACCCUCACUCACCUCGUGGGGGUCGUGGCAGCGGUACCCUCACUCACCUCGUGUGGGUCGUGGCAGCGGUACCCUCACUCACCUCGUGGGGGCCGUGGCAGCGGUACCCUCACUCACCUCGUGGGGGUCGUGGCAGCGGUACCCUCACUCACCUCGUGGGGGUCGUGGCAGCGGUACCCUCACUCACCUCGUGGGGGUCGUGGCAGCGGUACCCUCACUCACCUCGUGGGGGUCGUGGCAGCGGUACCCUCACUCACCUCGUGGGGGUCGUGGCAGCGGUACCCUCACUCACCUCGUGGGGGUCGUGGCAGCGAUACCCUCACUCACCUCGUGGGGAUUGUGGCGGCGGUACCCUCACACACCUCGUGGGGGUCGUGGCGGCGGCGGUACCCUCACUAACCUCGUGGGGGUCGUGGCAGCGGUACCCUCACUCACCUCGUUGGGGCCGUGGCAGCGGUACCCUCACUCACCUCGUGGGGGUCGUGGCAGCGGUACCCUCACUCACCUCGUGGGGAUCGUGGCAGCGGUACCCUCACUCACCUCGUGGGGGUCGUGGCAGCGGUACCCUCACUCACCUCGUGGGGGUCGUGGCAGCGGUACCCUCACUCACCUCGUGGGGGUCGUGGCAGCGGUACCCUCACUCACCUCGUGGGGGUCGUGGCAGCGGUACCCUCACUCACCUCGUGGGGGUCGUGGCAGCGGUACCCUCACUCACCUCGUGGGGGUCAUGGCAGCGGUACCCUCACUCACCUCGCGGGGAUCAUGGCAGCGGUACCCUCACUCACCUCGUGUGGGUCGUGGCAGCGGUACCCUCACUCACCUCGUGGGGGCCGUGGCAGCGGUACCCUCACUCACCUCGUGGGGGUCGUGGCAGCGGUACCCUCACUCACCUCGUGGGGGUCGUGGCAGCGAUACCCUCACUCACCUCGUGGGGGUUGUGGCAGCGGCGGUACCCUCACUCACCUCGUGGGGGUCGUGGCAGCGGUACCCUCACUCACCUCGUGGGGGUCGUGGCAGCGGUACCCUCACUCACCUCGUGGGGGUCGUGGCAGCGGUACCCUCACUCACCUCGUGGGGGUCGUGGCAGCGGUACCCUCACUCACCUCGUGGGGGUCGUGGCAGCGGUACCCUCACUCACCUCGUUGGGGUCGUGGCAGCGGUACCCUCACUCAGCUCGUGGAGGUGUGGCGGUAGCCUCACUCACCUCGUGGGGGUCGUGGCAGCGGUACCCUCACUCACCUCGUGGGGGUCGUGGCAGCGGUACCCUCACUCACCUCGUGGGGGUCGUGGCGGCGGUAGCCUCACUCACAUCGUGGGGGUCGUGGCAGCGGUACCCUCACUCACCUCGUGGGGGUCGUGGCAGCGGUACCCUCACUCACCUCGUGGGGGCCGUGGCAGCGGUACCCUCACUCACCUCGUGGGGGUCAUGGCAGCGGUACCCUCACUCACCUCGUGGGGGUCGUGGCAGCGGUACCCUCACUCACCUCGUGGGGGUCGUGGCAGCGGUACCCUCACUCACCUCGUGGGGGUCGUGGCAGCGGUACCCUCACUCACCUCGUGGGGGUCGUGGCAGCGGUACCCUCACUCACCUCGUGGGGGUCGUGGCAGCGGUACCCUCACUCACCUCGUGGGGGUCGUGGCAGCGGUACCCUCACUCACCUCGUGGGGGUCGUGGCAGCGGUACCCUCACUCACCUCGUGGGGGUCGUGGCAGCGGUACCCUCACUCACCUCGUGCGGGUCGUGGCAGCGGUACCCUCACUCACCUCGUGGGGGUCGUGGCAGCGGUACCCUCACUCACCUCGUGGGGGUAGUGGCAGCGGUACCCUCACUCACCUCGUGGGGGUCGUGGCAGCGGUACCCUCACUCACCUCGUGGGGGUCGUGGCAGCGGUACCCUCACUCACCUCGUGGGGGUCGUGGCAGCGGUACCCUCACUCACCUCGUGGGGGUCGUGGCAGCGGUAUCCUCACUCACCGCAUGGGGGUCGUGGCAGCGGUAUCCUCACUCACCGCAUGGGGGUCGUGGCAGCGGUACCCUCACUCACCUCGUGGGGGUCGUGGCAGCGAUACCCUCACUCACCUCGUGGGGGUUGUGGCGGCGGUACCCUCACUCACCUCGUGGGGGUCGUGGCGGCGGCGGUACCCUCACUCACCUCGUGGGGGUCGUGGCAGCGGUACCCUCACUCACCUCGUGGGGGUCGUGGCAGCGGUACCCUCACUCACCUCGUGGGGGUCGUGGCAGCGGUACCCUCACUCACCUCGUGGGGGUCGUGGCAGCGGUACCCUCACUCACCUCGUGGGGGUCGUGGCUGCGGUAUCCUCACUCACCGCAUGGGGGUCGUGGCAGCGGUACCCUCACUCACCUCGUGGGUGUCGUGGCGGCGGUACCCUCACUCACCUCGUGGGGGUCGUGGCAGCGGUGCCCUCACUCACCUCGUGGGUGUCGUGGCGGCGGUACCCUCACUCACCUCGUGGGGGUCGUGGCAGCGGUACCCUCACUCACCUCGUGGGUGUCGUGUCAGCGGUAGCCUCACUCACCUCGUGGGGGUCGUGGCAGCGGUACCCUCACUCACCUCGUGGGUGUCGUGGCGGCGGUACCCUCACUCACCUCGUGGGGGCCCUGGUGGCGACGGUACCCUCACUCACCUCGUGGGGGUCGUGGCAGCGGUACCUUCACUCACCUCGUGGGGGUCGUGGCGGCGGUACCCUCACUCACCUCGUGGGGGUCGUGGCAGCGGUACCCUCACUCACCUCGUGGGGGUCGUGGCAGCGGUACCCUCACUCACCUCGUGGGGGUCGUGGCAGCAGUAUCCUCACUCACCGCAUGGGGGUCGUGGCAGCGGUAACCUCACUCACCUCGUGGGUGUCGUGGCGGCGGUACCCUCACUCACCUCGUGGGGGUCGUGGCAGCGGUACCCUCACUCACCUCGUGGGUGUCGUGGCGGCGGUACCCUCACUCACCUCGUGGGGGUCGUGGCAGCGGUACCCUCACUCACCUCGUGGGUGUCGUGGCAGCGGGGUACCCUCACUCACCUCGUGGGUGUCGUGGCAGCGGUACCCUCACUCACCUCGUGGGGGUCGUGGCAGCGGCACUCUCACUCACCUCGUGGAGGUCGUGGCAGCGGUACCCUCACUCACCUCGUGGGGGUCGUGGCAGCGGCACCCUCACUCACCUCGUGGGGGUCGUGGCAGCGGUACCCUCACUCACCUCGUGGGGGUCGUGGUAGCGGUACCCUCACUCACCUCGUGGGGGUCGUGGCAGCGGUACCCUCACUCACCUCGUGGGGGUCGUGGCAGCGAUACCCUCACUCACCUCGUGGGGGUUGUGGCAGCGGUACCCUCACUCACCUCCUGGAGGUCGUGGCAGCGGUACCCUCUGUCACCUCGUGGGGGUCGUGGCAGCGGUACCCUCACUCACCUCGUGGGGGUCGUGGCAGCGGUACCCUCACUCACCUCGUGGGGGUCGUGGCAGCGGCACCCACCCUCACUCACCUCGUGGGGGUCGUGGCAGCGAUACCCUCACUCACCUCGUGGGGGUUGUGGCAGCGGUACCCUCACUCACCUCCUGGAGGUCGUGACAGCGGUACCCUCACUCACCUCGUGGGGGUCGUGGCAGCGGUACCCUCACUCACCUCGUGGGGGUCGUGGCAGCGGUACCCUCACUCACCUCGUGGGGGUCGUGGCAGCGGUACCCUCACUCACCUCGUGGGGGUCGUGGCAGCGGUACCCUCACUCAUCUCGUGGGGGUCGUGGCAGCGCGGUACCCUCACUCACCUCGUGGGGGUCGUGGCAGCGGUACCCUCACUCACCUCGUGGGGGUCGUGGCAGCGGUACCCUCACUCACCUCGUGGGGGUCGUGGCAGCGGUACCCUCACUCACCUCGUGGGGGUCGUGGCAGCGGUACCCUCACUCAACUUGUGGGGGUCGUGGCAGCGGUACCCUCACUCACCUCGUGGGGGUCGUGGCAGCGGUACCCUCACUCACCUCGUGGGGGUCGUGGCAGCGGUACUCUCACUCACCUCGUGGGGGUCGUGGCAGCGGCACCCUCACUCACCUCGUGGGGGUCGUGGUGGCGGCGGUACCGUCACUCACCUCGUGGGGGUCGUGGUAGCGGUACCCUCACUCACCUCGUGGGGGUCGUGGCAGCGGUACCCUCACUCACCUCGUGGGGGUCGUGGCAGCGGUUCCCUCACUCACCUCGUGGGGGUCGUGGCAGCGGUACCCUCACUCACCUCGUGGGGGUCGUGGCAGCGGUACCCUCACUCACCUCGUGGGGGUCGUGGCAGCGGUACCCUCACUCACCUCGUGGGGGUCGUGGCAGCGGUACCCUCACUCACCUUGUGGGGGUCGUGGCAGCGGUACCCUCACUCACCUCGUGGGGGUCGUGGCAGCGGUACCCUCACUCACCUCGUGGGGGUCGUGGCAGCGGUACCCUCACUCACCUCGUGGGGGUCGUGGCGGCGGCGGUACACUCACUCACCUUGUGGGGGUCGUGGCAGCGGUACCCUCACUCACCUCGUGGGGGUCGUGGCAGCGGUACCCUCACUCACCUCGUGGGGGUCGUGGCAGCGGUACCCUCACUCACCUCGUGGGGGUCGUGGCAGUGGUACCCUCACUCACCUCGUGGGGGUCGUGGCAGCGGUACCCUCACUCACCUCGUGGGGGUCGUGGCAGCGGUACCCUCACUCACCUCGUGGGGGUCGUGGCAGCGGUACCCUCACUCACCUCGUGGGGGCCGUGGCGGCGACGGUACCCUCACUCACCUCGUGGGGGUCGUGGCAGCGGUACCCUCACUCACGUCGUGGGGGUCGUGGCAGCGGUACCCUCACUCACCUCGUGGGGGUCGUGGCAGCGGCACCCUCACUCACGUCGUGGGGGUCGUGGCAGCGGUACCCUCACUCACCUCGUGGGGGUCAUGGCAGCGGCACCCUCACUCACCUCGUGGGGGUCGUGGCAGCGGUAGCCUCACUCACCUUGUUGAAGGAAAUGGAGUAG